CCUUUUACAUUUCUGGAUAAAACAUCGAUCAACCAUCGACUUUGUUCUGCUUCUGUAAUGUGUAAUUUGUGUGUGUGUGGGCUGCUGGAAGAAGAUCGCCGUAGCUAUAGCUGUGCGGGGUUGCUAUGGAGAGCCUGCGCCUGUCGGGCCGGGCAGGGUAGGCCAGAGCUGCGCCUGCGCGUCUAAGUUGAACCUCAAACCGGGGGAGAGAGCACCGACAGCGGAUUACUCAGAGAACACGAAUACUCCCCGGCACCAUUGGCACAAAUUAUUUCAAGAUUAAAUCAGCUGAUGGCUUCCAACAUGAUUCAAGCAGUGUUUAGCUCACUCUAAAACAGCUUUAAGUGGAUACAACGGCAGAAUCAUAUCCUAAAACUGGACGAUUGUAAGGACUAGACGCUAUGCCUCCAAGGCCCUCUUCCGGAGAACUAUGGGGCAUCCACUUGAUGCCCCCGAGGAUUUUGGUGGAUUGCUUGCUUCCAAACGGCAUACUCCUGACCCUGGAGUGCCUCCGUGAGGCCACACUUGUCACUAUUAAACAUGAACUAUUUAGGGAGGCCCGCAAGUACCCGCUUUAUCAACUGUUGCAGGAAGAGGCCUCUUACAUUUUUGUCAGUGUAACGCAAGAGGCAGAGCGGGAAGAGUUUUACGAUGAAACCAGAAGACUUUGUGAUCUUAGGCUUUUCCAGCCUUUCCUAAAGGUCAUAGAACCUGUUGGCAACAGGGAGGAGAAAAUUCUUAACCGAGAGAUUGGUUUCGCAAUCGGCAUGCCUGUGUGCGAGUUUGAUCUAGUGAAAGAUCCUGAAGUGCAGGACUUCAGACGAAAUAUACUUAAUGUUUGCAAAGACUCAGUAGAACUCCGAGAUUGCAAUGGACCUCAUAGUCGAGCGUUGUAUGUUUACCCUCCCAAUGUGGAAUCAUCACCAGAGCUUCCAAAGCACAUCUUCGGCAAAUUAGACAAAGGUCAGAUCAUUGUGGUCAUCUGGGUGAUUGUUUCACCUAACAAUGACAAGCAGAAGUACACAUUAAAGAUCAACCACGACUGCGUGCCUGAGCAGGUGAUAGCAGAAGCCAUAAGGAAAAAGACACGUAGCAUGCUGCUAUCUCCUGAACAGCUGAAGAUGUGCGUGCAGGAGUACCAGGGCAAGUACAUUCUUAAAGUAUGCGGCUGUGACGAAUACCUGCUGGAAAAGUACCCCAUUAGUCAAUAUAAGUAUGUGAGGAGUUGCAUUAUGCUGGGCCGAAUGCCAAACCUAAUGCUGAUGUCUAAGGAUAGUUUAUACUCACAACUGCCCGUUGACACCUUUACCAUGCCGUCAUACUCUCGGCGGAUAUCCACAGCCACGCCGUACAUGAACGGAGAAGCCUCCAGCAAAUCUCUGUGGGCCAUCAACAGCAACCUGAGGAUACACGUUCUUUGUGCAACCUACGUUAAUGUAAACAUCCGGGAUAUUGACAAGAUUUAUGUAAGAACAGGAAUCUACCAUGGUGGAGAGCAGUUGUGUGACAACGUCAACACACAACGUGUGCCAUGCUCAAACCCAAGGUGGAACGAGUGGCUCAUGUAUGACAUGUACAUUCAUGACAUUCCCCGGGCUGCUCGUCUUUGUCUGUCCAUUUGUUCUGUAAAGGGAAGAAAGGGAGCAAAAGAGGAACACUGUCCACUGGCUUGGGGAAAUGUAAACCUGUUUGACUACACACAUACACUCGUGUCUGGUAAGAUGGCACUGAAUCUGUGGCCAGUGCCACACGGCCUAGAAGAUCUACUUAACCCCAUUGGAGUCACAGGCUCCAACCCCAACAAGGAAACCCCAUGUCUCGAGCUGGAGUUUGACUACCUCGGCGGUCCUGUGAAGUUUCCUGACAUGGCUACAAUAGAGGAUCAUGCUAAUAAGAUGAUACCCAGAGACAUGGGAUACAAUUACUGUCAGUCUGGACAGAGUAGCAGACUGGCACGAGACCACAUCAUGGACGGUGACAUCGAUCAGCUUCGACAAGUAGCAAACAGAGACCCACUUUCAGAGAUCACAGAGCAAGAAAAGGACUUUCUGUGGAGGCACAGGCAUUACUGUGUCAACAUACCAGAGAUCCUUCCUAAAAUUCUACUUGCUGUAAAGUGGAACUCCAGAGAGGAAGUUGCACAAAUGUAUUGCUUGCUUAAAGACUGGCCUCCUAUAAAACCAGAACAAGCUAUGGAGUUGCUUGACUGCAACUAUCCAGAUCCUAUGAUCAGAGACUUUGCAGUUCGGUGCCUUGAGAAGUAUCUGACUGAUGAUAAACUCUCCCAGUACCUUAUUCAGUUGGUCCAGGUUUUAAAGUAUGAGCAGUAUCUGGAUAAUCCAUUAGUACGAUUUCUUCUGAAGAGGGCACUAAUCAACCAGAGAAUUGGACAUUUCUUUUUCUGGCAUUUGAAGUCUGAGAUGCACAACAAGACCGUUAGCCAGCGCUUCGGCCUGCUGUUGGAGUCGUACUGUCGUGCCUGUGGCAUGUACCUGAAGCAUCUGGGUAGGCAGGUGGAAGCCAUGGAGAAACUCAUCAACCUCACAGACAUCCUUAAGCAGGAGAAGAAAGAUGAGACACAAAAGGUGCAGAUGAAGUUCCUGGUGGAGCAAAUGAAGAGGCCAGACUACAUGGAUGCCCUUCAAAAUUUCACCUCUCCACUAAACCCAGCCCACCAACUGGGCAACCUGCGGCUUGAAGAAUGCAGAAUUAUGUCAUCAGCCAAAAGGCCAUUAUGGCUGAACUGGGAAAACCCUGAUAUAAUGUCAGAGCUUCUCUUCCAAAACAAUGAGAUCAUCUUCAAGAAUGGGGAUGAUUUAAGGCAGGACAUGCUGACGCUUCAGAUUAUUAAAAUAAUGGAGAACAUCUGGCAAAACCAGGGCUUAGAUCUAAGAAUGCUUCCCUAUGGUUGCUUGUCAAUUGGCGACUGUGUGGGCCUAAUCGAAGUCGUGAGAAGCUCUCACACCAUAAUGCAAAUCCAGUGUAAAGGAGGUCUCAAAGGAGCUCUGCAGUUCAACAGUUCCACCCUGCACCAGUGGCUGAAGGACAAAAACAAGGGCGAGAUGUAUGAUCUGGCUAUUGAUUUGUUUACACGCUCCUGUGCUGGCUAUUGUGUGGCCACUUUCAUUCUGGGCAUCGGUGACCGACACAACAGUAACAUCAUGGUGAAGGAUGAUGGACAGCUGUUUCACAUAGACUUUGGCCACUUCUUGGACCACAAGAAGAAGAAGUUUGGUUACAAGCGUGAGCGAGUGCCGUUCGUCUUAACCCAGGACUUUUUAAUCGUAAUCAGCAAAGGAGGAACCCAAGAAUGCACUAAAACAAGGGAGUUUGAGAGGUUCCAGGAGAUGUGCUACAAGGCAUACUUGGCCAUCCGGCAACAUGCCAACCUCUUUAUCAACCUGUUCUCCAUGAUGCUGGGCUCCGGUAUGCCUGAGCUACAGUCGUUUGAUGACAUCGCCUACAUCCGCAAGACUUUGGCGCUGGACAAAACUGAGCAGGAGGCCCUGGACUACUUCAUGAAGCAGAUGAAUGACGCUCAUCAUGGCGGAUGGACCACCAAGAUGGACUGGAUCUUCCACACCAUCCGACACCACGCCCAGAACUGAUCCACCAGGGUAUGGUUCAGCUAUUGAAUCCUUUGCCUGGGACUUACUGGCUUGUCUGUGCCAGCAGAAACAAUGGCAGCCAGACCUCAAAAAUGGGGCGAUGCCCCAACAGAGCACUAAACAAUCUAGAAUUUUCUUUCUGUCAAUCCCCUUUUUGGCAUCUAUACAGAAGAAUUGUAAACCUAGUCCAGAAUGGUGGUACAUGGUUGCCCAUAGUUUUGUACUGAUGUUUUUUUGGGUAUGUUUUUGCUGCUUUUUUCCUCAAGAGACCAUGAUUUAUUUUACUUUUUUUUUAAUUCAAGAACACUUUGUGUCAAUGGGAAGCAUUACUUACUCUGCAAACACUUUAUUCGGAUUACUCACGUCUUCCUCUGAUUCCAAACGCCUUCAAAUAUGCAUGGAACCUCUGAGAAACUGGUAGACUAAACAGGGUAAGAAUUUCGUCGAGGCUGUGUGUUUUUGCUUCGAAAGGAACACCUGACAUAAGGUGGCUGUAGCAUAUGAAGCAGAUGUAGUUGAUGUCUCCCAUGAUCCUACAUAUACACAUUUACGCUCUUCAAAACUAUUACUCUUUAUACACUACAAAGGUUUCCUGCUUCUCUAUCUCCCACAUCUGAGAUAAAUUAUGAGAUAAAAUGAUAUUGGCAAUGUAGAGGAUUUUUUUUUUUUACUUAUAUUUAAGUCAUUGGACACAAUCAUAUAAGGUGUUGUGCAUUAGAUUCAUUGCUACCUUAUUAAACAGCUAAUAGGAAGGUGCAAUAGUAAGGACCAGCACAGAGGACGGGUGGUUAAGAUAAACUGGCACCAGAAACAAGCUGUGUGGAUCAUGUUGUGGCUGAACGCACAAUCAUUUUUCAUGUGUAUUUAAUACUAGGGCUGUCACGGUAACGCCAACACAAUAAAACUGUUGGUUAUAAGAAGUUAAAAUGUUUCUCAUUACCAUCAGUGUGUUUUUUUUUUUUUUACUCAUUUAAUUGUGGUACACAAUAAGUGUGGAACAAUAUUGUAAAAUACUAACGACUCGACACUCGUUUUCAGCUGUUUCAGACAGGCUGUAAAAAAAGAUGCCGUAUUAAAUUGCGGGAUUUAUUAUGUUAGCAAGGAAGAAUGAAAAUGGAGAGUAUAACGAUUUAACAUAGCUCUUCAUGGCUGACAUACAUUUUAGAAGCUACGUUUAGAAGCUAUUUUGUCUUGCUUACCUUGUCUUACAUUUAAUGGCCCUGUCGACUGGUUUUUGUUUUUCAAAAUUUACUGCAAAAUAUACAAAGACUGUAAGCUGUUAGCGACAUCUGGCUGAUGUUUAUACUUUAGGUCAUGUUUGGUUACCAAAAUGAGAAUACCUUGUGUAUUGAGCCAUUGAGGGUUUUGAUUAAUGAGCACCAUCUGAAAGUAGAUAGUGUUUUUAUCUGGUUCAAGUCUGCGUGUGUUAAUGAGAUGCAGAUAAACCUGGACAGAAAUCAGUAAAAUCUGUCUUCAUAUGUGCUGAUUGGUUAGGACUGUAAGAAUCGGAUAGUGCACAUCCUGAACAAUUUACCAACCGAUUAAAACCAAGAGAUGAGGUUUUAUGUAAACAUGAAUAAACUAUUUUCUAUAAUUAUGAUGAGCCACUGUAGACGCUAGCAGUAAUUGUACAACAAAUGGGUCAACAAAUGGGUCAAAAUAUGGGUGGGGGAAAUGACACCCCCAUAUCCAGGGCAUUUAAAGGCACUAUGUGGUUACUAUGAUUAUAAAAAAGCGACACCCUGACAGCCCUACUGCCUGCCACAGCGAUGGCUAUCUUGAUAUCUUCAAAACAGGACGGAGAAUAAACACUUUGGUGUAGAUGCUCUAAGCCAGAGGGUUCUAAAAUACUUUUUUUUUUUUUUUUACACUGAACACAACCAAGCAGGUUUUUUUUUUAGCUAAUGACUUUGUAUCCCUGUAAAAACACUGGUGCUAACAGAUUUCUCUGCAUAGAAAGCAUUUAGACAAAAUGGAUGUUAGAUGGCGAAAAGCUUUGGAAGAUUUAUGUAUGUAUACACACAAUCACACACAAUCACACACAAACGUGUCAUGAACAUGCCUUCGAUACUCUCAAGCUCUCCUCAUUAUCAGUUUGGUGCAAUGAUUUGUCAGUGGUGAGGUUGCCUGUGUACUGUGUGAUGCUGAAUCAUGUGGGGUAUAAGGUUUUUAAAAAAGAUAGGAAAAACAUCAGAUGGGGUGCAAUGAUGGUAUGAUGCAAGUUAUUAUUAUAUUUAUUUUCUAUAUACAGGGUAAUGCUCUGCAAAUGAAAUAUAAACAGGCAGAUGAUUUCAACAAAGUGAACGACACACAUGGACACAAGGAGAGCUGCUGUUGGUGUUUAAAGUAAUCAACCUGAACUGGCACAGUUUUUAUGCUGGAUGCCCUUCCUAAUGCAACCCUCCUUAUUUGGGACCGGUGCCGAGAGUGCACUGAAAAGUGUACCGCCUUACUAGCUAGGCAGUUUGACCCCCUGGAAGUAUCCAAUCAUAUCUGUGUAGACGCCUGACAGGCUGAUCGCACUGCUAAGAUUAAAACCCUGGAUCUCAGCAGACAAAGGCUGGUGUGUUUUACCAGCCUGAGCAUCCUUAAAAAUAUAAAGAUUAACCAGGGUAAAACAAUGAAAAUGACCACAAUUCAUAAAUGUUCCACUUAGAAGCUUGUGAUUUUAAUAUCUACAACCUAGGAGUUCACUGAAGUCCUGCAUCUGCUUUAGGAGAUCAGCAAAAUAAUUUAACAAGGAACUUGACUACCUCAAGUAUAUUAAAAGAAACAGUGAGAAGCCGGCUAGCAACAUGUUUAAUAGUUCAAUCUAGAGUCUAAAAGCAUGUAGAAGUCUAUAUUGUAUUCUGCAAUUUGUGCAUCAUUACACCCCUGAUGUUAAAAUCACAUAUACAGUUUUAAGAUCAAAUUAACAACAAAUCAUGUUCGUCAUGAAUACGUUAUUUAUGCUGUUGAGGUCCAAUCAUUAAAUGCCAAAUAAAUUGGUCUUAAAAAUUCUCUAUACAGCCACAGCAUUCAGCCUUGUGUUUGAACCACACCAACUUGUCACUACCUGGGUGCGAUCUGUUAAUCCAACCUCCUUUAUGUGCUCGUGAAGAAAACAUGUUGUUUUUGCAUUACAUUUAAGCUGUGAACAUGUACAGAUUACAAAUAAGGUGCAAUUAUAUGAAUUAAAAAGAUGUACAGCUACUGGUGGAAAAACUUCUUUAAGUUGAGAUUUUAAACUAGACUUGUCUAUCUCUGUUAAGCAGAUAUUACUGUCUGCUAUUGUUUAUUCAAGCCAAAGUUUUAUGUUCAUGGAAGAGUUCUCAGAAGUCGAGAUUUUCCACCUGCGUAACCACCUGAAGCAUUAUGGGUGCCGGUCCUUGUUUAGACGGCUCAAUAUCUUAAUGAAGAUACAGUCAGCUCUUCUGAAAGGAUCGAUCUGUCUAUCUGAAGGAGACUUUUGUGCUCUUAAAAAUUGUGUUUACGUGAAGGCUCUAUCAAAUCUAAUGAGGCGAUAAACCAUCUGUAUUCUGUAAACAUGAUGUACAGGUCUGUUGGAGAACGUUGCCCUGAUGUAUUACUGCAAAGAAAACGAAGGCAUUUUUUGUUCAUCUCCAGUCUAAUUUAUAGAAGUGUCACACCGUGGUAUUCCAGAUUUCUUAUGCAUUCACAUGCUGAACUCAAGGUUUCAGAUUUUUUACGUUAUGUUGUUAUAUGCAGUAAACAGAUGAAAAUAUAUAGUCAGACAGAACAUGAUGUAUGCAGGUGGCUUUUGCACUUUGUCAUUUUCUUUGCCCCUUCUUUACAUGCCUUUAGUCCUAAAGGCCAUUGUAUAUCUAUUGCAUGUCUUUAUACACAGCAUUACAUUUGUACACCUCUACUGCUUGAAACAGAUCUCUAGGUAAGCAGUUAGUCCUUAAAGCAGCCUUACGUUUGCCCAAAAGCCAUUUAGUGCAUGUUUUUGUUCUUUUGUGUGUUUUGUCUGUACAGGUUACAGAUCUUUUUUUUGGGCUGGACCCGGUAAAAAAAAGCCCAUUUAAAAUGUUUAGGCCUAUGUAAUUAUGGAAAAAUGCUUUGUAUUUUCCUUCUUUUUCACCAACCAAGAAAACUAUUGAGAUGCUGGACUGUUGGUGUCUUUUAUAUGAGUUAUAUGAAAAAAACUAAAACAAACCUUUUAUUACUUUUGGUUAAAUGUACUUGAAUAUCAUCGCUCUGAACCAUCGCCGUCUGUGUCCAGAUCAAAUCUGUUCUAGUGGUGUAGCACUGAAGGUUCACUUACAUAGGCAAUGUCAUACCGAUUGUGAAUGUUAAAUAGUUGGGUCGGAAGAAGAGAAAGUAGGGUUCUUUAAAUUUAGGGAAAAGUAAACCUAUGUGGAAUGUGGCAACAGCGGGGAGACACACGUAUAAACUUUUACUCAAAGGAAGGUCAAAAACUGUCUGCCAUUCUAAAAAUGUUUCUAUAUCAUUCAUAGUUUACAUGUUAAAUAUUUUUUUUUCAUGUAUUAUUUUUAACACUACUUACUGGGCCAAAUAAUGAUGUUGCUUACACCCAUCCUGCAUGAGAUUUAAGUUAAAGCCCUCAUUUUUGUUGUUCAUUUUAUGUAGAUAUAAAUGGUUUGGCCUAAGACUGCACUCUGAAGUAACCAUCUUGACUCUUAACAGUGACAUAACCUCAUUUUCAUUCUCAUUCAUUUACCAUUUUGUUGUGCACCUCAGUUUAAAGGUUGCGUUGUACUCUGUCUAUCUCCAAUAUUGAGUGUUAUUGACUAUGUACAAAUAAACACAUUUCAAAAAUG